GGGCCGCCCCUUUCUUUGGAGCUGGAGAAACAAAAGCCGGGCUGGCGGGAGUCUCGCUGCGGGCUCGCGUGACACGUGGCCGGCGGGGCCGGGGCUGGACUGCGGGAAGGGCCCGGCCCACCGCGGGCGGCGGGAGACUGACGGGCGCCGCCGCCAAUCCGCGCCCGGCCGAGCCGCGCCGCGAGGGGCGAAGACGCGCGGGGCCGGAGGAGCGGGUGGCCGCCGGGCCCCCCGCCAGCAUCGGCUGCUGGUAGCGGGCGGGGGCGGCGCUGUUGCCAGGUGCCCCGAGCCCGCCCGAGGCUCGCGCCGGGCUCCGCGUUGGGCGCAGCGGGGGCGCUGGGGCCCCUCCUGGGCUAUGAGCCAGCCCGCUUGAGCCUGGCAGCAUCCCCCGGGCUCGGGGCGUGUCGCUUGCUCGGGGGGUUUCAUUUCUGUUAAAGUGACCAGAGCAUUCGUGAAUACAGUAUAAUGGAUGCAGAAGAAUUUCCUCCUCCCCCACCACCUGAAGUUCUAGAAAAUGAAUUAGAAGUCAGUGGUACAAAUGAAGAUGAGGAAGAAGGGGAGCCAUUCGAUUUGGAUAGCGGAGAUGAGAUACCGGAAGCAGACAGACAAGCCCUCAUGCCACGCAGUUCUGACUCUAGGUGUAAUAUAGAACAUGAAGAGACUAGCUCCACAGGGGAUGAAAAUGUAGUUAAAACUGAGAGAGUGCAAACAUCAGAAUCCAGGACACAGGGUGCCCCAACAAAAGUAAACCCUUACUCUGUCAUAAAUAUUUCACCAAUCCAAGAAAAGGAUCAGUCUUCAUCACCAGAACCCAGUCCUCAAGAUGAAAGUACAAGCACUAACAUGUCAGGUGGAUAUUCUGUUCCUGUGCCUUGUGGCUAUGCUGUACCAUCCAAUUUACCAUUGAUACUACCAGCGUACUCCAGUCCUGUUAUAAUACGCAGUGUUUCUGUGGAUGAAGAAGCAGGUAUGCAGACAGCAGCUGAAGAUUGCCAUUUUAAUUCUUUAAGCUCAGAAGACCCACAAAAUAGUGAAGACAACCAGGUCAGUAAAGAUAAUGAUGCUCUAGCCAAAUGGGUUGCAGAUCCUGCAAAUACAGCAUGGAUGGAAAAUCCAGAUGAAGUAAUUUAUGAUGAUGUGCCAAGGGAAAAUUCUGACUCCGAACCAGAGGAAAUGAUUUACGAUGAUGUUGAGAAUGGUGACGAUGGUGGAAACAGCUCUCUAGACUAUGGAUGGAGUUCGAGUGAGUUUGAAAGCUAUGAAGAACAAAGUGACUCCGAGUGUAAGAAUGGAGUUCCCAGCUCCUUUUUGCGAGGCAACCACAAGAGACAUCUUUCUCAUGACCUAACCCGUUUAAAGGAGCACUAUGAGAAAAAGAUGAAAGAUUUGAUGGCAAACACUGUGGGAGCAUUAGAGAUUCAGCAACUAAAGCAAAAACAUGAGCUGAAGAUGCAAAAACUCAUGAGGGCUGCUAGAGAAGGUACCAAAGAUGGACUUGAAAAGACUAAAGCAGCUGUGAAGAAGGGUCGUUCAUUCAUUAGGACCAAAUCCUUUAUUUCUCAAGAUCAUAGAUCACUCUGUCUGGAAGAAGAUGAAUUACAUUUAUUCAUUGAUGUAGAUUGUAUGCAUACAGAAGCAAUUAUGACUCCUAUGCCUGAAGGAUUAUCACAGCAACAGGUUGUGAGAAGAUACAUUUUGGGCUCUGUGGUUGACAGUGAGAAGAAUUAUGUGGAUGCUCUCAAAAGAAUUCUAGAGCAAUAUGAGAAGCCCCUAUCAGAAAUGGAACCAAAAUUACUGAGUGAAAGGAAACUCAAAAUGGUCUUUUAUCGAAUCAAAGAAAUUCUUCAGUGCCAUUCAAUGUUUCAGAUAGCACUGGCCAGUCGGGUGUCUGACUGGGAUUCUGUUGAAAUGAUUGGAGAUGUCUUUGUUGCUUCAUUUUCUAAAUCGAUGGUGCUAGAUGCUUAUAGUGAAUAUGUAAAUAAUUUCAGUACAGCAGUGGGGAUUCUCAAGAAAACAUGUGCCACUAAGCCUGCCUUUCUAGAUUUUUUAAAGCAAUGCCAGGAGUCAAGCCCUGAUCGAAUCACACUCUAUGGGUUAAUGAUGAAACCCAUACAGCGCUUCCCACAAUUCAUUCUUUUGCUUCAGGAUAUGUUAAAGAAUACUACUAAAGGACAUCCUGACAGGCUGCCUCUACAGAUGGCUCUUACCGAGCUGGAAACGUUGGCAGAGAAAUUAAAUGAGAGGAAAAGGGAUGCAGAUCAGCGCUGCGAAAUAAAACAAAUAGCAAAAGCCAUGAACGAACGCUAUCUGAAUAAGUUACUCAGCAGUGGAAACAGAUACCUCAUACGGACUGAUGAUAUGAUAGAAACAGUUUACAAUGACAAGGGAGAAAUUGUCAAAACCAAAGAACGACGACUCUUCAUGUUGAAUGAUGUACUGAUGUGUGCAACAGUCAGUGCACGGUCUUCGUAUGAAAGUAGUGGCAUUGUGGCAACUGGCCAAAGGUAUUUAUUAAAAUGGAGUGUGCCUCUUGGACAAGUAGAAGUCAUUGAAUAUGGCAGCAGUGAAGGACAAGGAGAGAAUUGCAGGUUCCCACCUCAGCAUUCUGCAGAGAAUGUUGUUGUCAGUGUUAAGCCAAACAAACUGUAUAUGGGGCCAGGGCAGCUAUACCAUGAUUUGCAGAAUCUCUUGCAUGAUUUGAAUGUAAUCGGUCAAAUUAGUCAACUGAUAGGCAGCCUUAAAGGAAACUAUCAGAACUUAAAUCAGUCAGUGGCUCAUGACUGGACGUCAGGUUUACAAAAACUGAUAUUGAAAAAGGAAGAUGAAAUCAGAGCUGCAGAUCGCUGUAGAAUUCAACUGCAGCUUCCAGGGAAGCAGGACAAGUCUGGGAGACCUACUUUCUUUACUGCAGUGUUCAAUACAUUUACCCCUGCCAUCAAACAAUCUUGGAUCAACAAUUUACAAAUGGCUAAGCUUGCCCUUGCGGAAGAAAACCUCUUGGGUUGGUUCUGUGCAGAAGAUGAUGGCAAUCAAAUCAAGAAAGAAAAGCACCCCCUCCUUGUUAGACAUAUGCCAGUCAUGAUGGCUAAACAACAGGAGUUUAAGAUUGAAUGUGCUGCAUAUAAUCCUGAACCUUAUGUCUCUAGUGAAACUGAGCCAGAUUCAUGUUCCAUGGAGCAUGGCUUUCUUUGGAUUGGCAGUUGUACUAAUCAAAUGGGACAAAUUGCAAUUGUCUCAUUUCAAAACUCCAACCCCAAGGUUAUAGAGUGCUUUAAUGUUGAAUCGCGCAUCCUCUGCAUGGUCUACAUUCCAGACAAAGAGAAACCAAGAGAGUUAAAUGUGGUUCCUGAGUCAGAAAAUGGGGCUAGAAAGGCUUCCAGUGUGCCUACUAUUUGCCUGGGCAUGGAAGAAGGAAGCAUUUCUGUCUACAAAAGUCAUCAAGGCUCAAAGAAAUUUCGACUUCAACACUUUUUCACACCUGAAAAAUCAACAGUCAUGAGCCUAGCGUACAUGUCCCAGUACUUGUUUGCUGGUUUGGUUAAUGGGAACAUCACAAUCUACACAAAAGCAGAAGAUGGAAACUGGAACCCAGAACCUGAAAAAGUAGUAAAGCUAGGGGUUCUACCAGUCAGAAGCCUACUUGUGAUGGAAGAGACCAUAUGGGCGGCAUCUGGUGGACAAAUUUUUAUAAUCAGUACUGAGACCCAUUCUGUGGAGCACUAUUUUGAAGCUCAUCAAGAGGAGGGGAUGGUGAUCUCACAUAUGGCUGUUGCUGGAGUAGGAAUCUGGAUUGCAUUCACAUCUGGAUCUACACUCCGCUUGUUCCACACUGAAACUCUGAAGCACCUUCAGGAUAUUAAUAUUGCCACUCCUAUUCACAAUAUUUUGUCAGGACAGCAGCGUGUUUCUGUGACCAGUCUACUAGUAUGCCAUGGUUUAUUGCUGGUUGGAACAAAUCUGGGAAUUAUAGUAGCAUUACCAGUGCCUCGUCUGCAAGGAAUUCCAAAAGUGACUGGGAGGGGAAUGGUAUCCUAUCAUGCACAUAAUGGCCCAGUCAAAUUCCUUAUUAUGGCUGCAGCCCUAAACAAGAAAAACAGAAGCAAAUCCAGAAGCAGUCUGCCUCGAAGCACAGAAACUAAUGAUGAUGAUCAAAAGAAUGCUCUGCGUAAUGAGAGACCGGGUUCUGCCUUAAGUAAUAUUCAGGAUACUGGAGUUUGGCUGGGAGGUUCAGCUGGAUCCAUUACACAAAGGAGUGACUUAUCUUCAUCUUCUGGGUCCCUAGAUCCAUUACCUCAUGGAUCAAAUUCCGUGGAACAUAGAACUGAGGACAGUACCAUAUAUGAGCUUUUAAAGGAUCAAAACAUUUCACUUAAAAAUAAAAGACAGAGAUCCAAGAAAAUGAAAGCAAGCUCAGUAUUAGUUAUUUCUGGAGGUCAAGGACACAGAAGAAUAAACAAGAAGUCCAAGCAGCAGAGACAGGAUGAACUCGUAUCUUCUGUGAUGGUUUGGCAGAUUCCAUUACUAAACAUCUGAGUGACUGAAACAAUGAUAAAUAGUGAAUUUUUUUUUUUUUUUACAAAGUCAUUUGACUUCAUUCCUAAACUCUCUGGUUGUUGAAGCUAUUUUCUGAUGUAAAGAGAUUUCUGCUGUAAUCUUCUUACAGUGAAUGUCAAGCUAACGGCCCAGCUGUGCUGCCUUUACUCAGAUGAGCAAUCCGUUGAAGUAAGUUGGAUUGAUCACAUAAGUAACAGCUGCAAAGUAGAACCAUCAACCAUUCAAAACAUGCUGCAGUAUUAUGAUAGUGGAAACAUUUAGUUGAUGAUCUGUCUGAAGCUUAAACUGUUACAGAUAUAGCACUCUUUUAAAUGGUUUUAGCAUCUCCACUUUAUUUAUAUUCACUUUAUAUUUGCAUACUUAUGAUCGCUAGCACUUGGGUGAGGGGCAAGGAAUACAUACUAUUUUACAUGCUAUUUUUUGCCUACGUAAGUCAGCUAUUUUUUAAUUUAAAGUGACAUAUAGCAUGCACUCUACAUUUUAACAAAUUAGGAAAUAUUUUAAACAAAUAUUCAAAUUAAGCUAAUGAGUUAAUUGGGAAAUUGCUAUGUAAUUUGUAGUAUGAUCCCAUAAGGCAUGUUUGGUUUUGGCCAAGAACUUAACAGGAAGAUAUACCCUGUGUCUCAAAACAAAUUAAAAGUACACUAAUAAUUACUAAUGCUCAGCACAGUAUUAUUCAAAAAUGUGUGUUAUCAGCAUGGAUAGGUAUGAUGUCUAUGUUGUAUACCUGUAGGAUUUUGCACAUGAUGAUUAGGAAUAAAUAGAAAAUGCAACAGAAAUUCAGAUUGUAGAUACAGAAUAGAUGUGCAUUCUAAUCAACUGCUUGGUAUACUUGUUUGUAGUAUGUUCCAUUGCUGGCAAUGGAUUGUGCUUCCAGUAUCAAAACUAUAUAGAAAAUAUGUGUAAUUUUUAAAAUGCAUACACUUGCAUUUUGUAAUAGUAGUAAAGUAACUAAAAUGAAGAGACUUAUAGUUAUGCAGUGAGUUUUAUAGUGAGUUCAUAUCGAGCAUAAAACCAUAUUAAUAUAUCAAUACCUAUGGGAAGUACACAUCACCAGUGUGGGUAUGCAUCGGAAAUCAGUUGAUGUGCACUUCACACAUGACUACAGGCAAAUGUCUGUAGACUGAUGUGUGUUCUAGUGUACCUUCACACAGGAAGGACGUGGCCUUCUUUUAGAAGUAUUUGUCCCUUCUAAGCCUGACAGAAUUACAGGUGAAGAGCAUUUUCCAAGUUCACAGUAUGAAAGUAGAGCUGGACUUGGAACAUAAUGUAACAGACUCUGUGCUAUAUUCGUUUUGUCCUGGUGGUUGCUGGGUACUCUUUUAGUGUUGAGUGGCCAGAUUGCAAGUAGUACCUUGGUCAUAUAGCCUUAUCUAACAAGUAACUUAUAGUCUUUGUUGUAUGUUGGUUCAUUCAUUGAGCGUGCAUUCAUUGAGGGUCUAUAGAUCAAAUUACUUUAUAGUAUGGAUUUGCCUCCUUUGUGCACAUAAAAAUGAGACAAAGCCUACAAUGCAGAGGACUACCUCCAAGUACAUAGUCUUCAGUAUGGAUGUUUACCCGAAUGAGAGGCGAGUUAUGAGACAUCCUCUUUGUAUGUCAGUGUAGUGUGAGACAGAGAGGCCAGGUAAAUGUAGCACUAUAAGCAUUUGGGUUUCUUAAGACCUCUAUAACCUAUGACCAUCAAUGUGGUAUAAGAGCAUAAAAUAUGACCGGCAUAUUUCCAACACGGAAUGAAUGUCAGAUGUUUACAUUGCUCAGAAUCAAGCAAGUAACUUGAGGAGUCCAUUGCCUGAAUGAUGGACGUAGACUUUGGCACUAUUCUUAUUCCCCAACUUGAGGUGGGGAGGGAAGGGGACUCCAUAUACUUUGAACUAUGUCCAUCAUUUUUAAUACAAACUGCUUAAUCUCACUAAGAUUUCUUAGAAUCUGAUCUAAAACAAUCAGUGUCACCCAUGAUUACAGUCUCUUUUCCAAAACAUUCAAUUCUAGUUUUAAACAGUACAAGAAAGAAAAGCUUGAAUCCUGUUGCUAAGCAGUAGAUAAACACUUCCAAAAUAAUCAAUAUUUCUUUUUGGGGGGAGGGGGGGGAAUAGUGAUGCCCUAAAAUUUAAUUCUACAGCUGAUUCAUUGGGACUUGUUCUCUAAAUAUUCACAGCAUUUGCUUUCAAAAUAAAAUCCAGAACAUUUUUAAAAACUCAAAACUCUUGGUACCAUAUUGAAAAUUUAAAAACACAUCCUUCACUCAAUUUCUCUUUCAGUGCCAUUAUCACCUAGGGCCCAAAUCUUGCCAUCUGUUUUUUUGUGACCAGGGACCUUGUGUCAGCACAGAGCCCCACUGACUUCGGUGGGAUUCUGUACGGCUUGAAGGUCAAUUGCAGUAAUGGGGCCUGUGUUGUCUCUCAUGCCCAUCCCUGAAAUGUAUGCUUAUUUUGUUUUGUCCCUGGCUUAUUUUAUCAAUGUACUAUAUUGUUAUUAAGUAUUGUUUACUUCAAAGUAAAAGAAUUUUGACAUGCUUUCCUGUGUAAAUCAUGCAUGGUUUGAUUUCCCUUUGCUUCUCUGCAAACUGAAGGCCCCAGGCCUGAUUCUUCAAGCCUCUCUUGUGUAGGAGGCUGCCUGUGAGGUUUCAAGGGUUGCACCCAUUUACACAAUUCUAUUUUUGGUGAUAGUGGGCUGAGCCCACAAACUCUCUGCACUCUGAACUGGAAUUCCAGUUCAUAGAGGGUUCACAAGAUCUAGUGAUGGCCCAGGUACAACAAUGUAUUUUAAAGUUUUAGGAAACAGCCACCAUAUAUUCUAGCUGUAAUACAGUUGUCAUGCGUUCAUAACUGGUAAAAAACAUAGCACAAUCCUGCUCCUAUGAAAAUCAAUCUGAGUUUUGCCAUUGAGUUCCAUAGCAGCAGGAUUGGGCCUAUGAUUUCAUAUUUCUUAUAAGAUUUUUGCAAAUAAGCACUAUAUAAAUAUCAUUAGGCUAUGAGGUAAAAAGAAGCUUUACAGCUUAUUAUAAAACUAUACAUCAUUAUGAAUUCAAGCUCUAGCCAGUAACUAAGCACAACGUGCAAUGUUUGUUUUGUAAUAUACUGCUAAUUGGUAUUACAUUGCUUUGAAAUCAGAUGCAAACCAAAGGUACUUUUACAGCUGACAAGUAAAUUUUAUACAUGUAUUUGACCAUGUUGCUAAGUAGAUUAUAAUUUGUUUCAAUGUCACUUUAAUGUUUAGUAAUCAUGGAACAAUAUUAGGAGGAAAGGGGAAAUAAUGUAACCACUAUAGUAUGUAACAGUAUAUGUUUUCUAACAAAUAAUAGUGUCUAUGUUAUAACAUGAGCCAUAAACAUUAUGUAUUUAUGUCCAAAGUAAACUCGGCAAAAUCUUUAAUAAAAAACUGUGAAUAAAAAAUCUCA